AUGUCAGAGCCACUCCCGUUUGAACAUGACCCCGUCUCGACUGCACGCGAUAUUCUACUCCACAACUUGAUGCACUUCCUCGCCAUUACUUGCCUUUAUUAUGACCAUUUCAUUACGCUGGGCCCUGAGAUUGAGCUGUUGUGGUCGCGUCGGAAAAGCCCCAGCUCUUACUGGUUCUUCCUCAAUCGUUAUUUUGCGUUCUUUGGGAAUUUGUGUGUGUCUAUCCUGGGGUUCAUUGACUUGGAUAAAGAGAGGUAUUUAUGCUCGUCUUCGGAUCCUCGUCUGUGGUGGGUGAUAUUUGUCUAUCUCUGGACCCAGCCGUCUCAAGGUCCCGGUAGUGCUGCUCACGCUUCGGAUAUACGCCCUCUACCAACGUUCAAAACCUAUUCUCGCCUACAUGUUGACGAGUGGAGCCAUCCUAGCCGGAAUAGCAUGUGCCUAGCUGGCGCAUGGGAAGCGCUAUUCGCGUACGAUUCGAUUAUCUUUACCCUAACGCUUUGGAAGACCAUAAAGGAGAGAAGGGAGCGGAGAGUGACAGGUGUAAACAUCGCUCUUGUUGAUAUAUUGCUGCGAGAUGGCGCGAUGUAUUAUGCAAUCAUGGCCCUUUGCAACUUGGCCAACAUCAUGACUUUCUAUUUUGGCGGUCCUUUCUUCCGAGGAAGCCUUUCGACCUUUGCUAGCAGCAUAUCGGUAACCAUGAUGUCUCGGCUUAUGCUCAACCUCCAUCGGACGGCGGAAGAGGGUAUCCACACGACGCAGGUUACCAACACUCAUUUCGAUUAUGGGACGAAGUAUUGGGAAACGCAGAGCCCGGUGGAAUUGGAUACCAUAUGGACGCUUUCGGGUCCUUCCCUUCCUACUGUGACAUUCCAGGACCCUCCAGGUUCUGCCGCUGCCGAUUCUGCAACACUCGCGGGUUCGGUCGCGUCUCCCAGACCUCACUCCCGUCCACCAUGA